AUGGUUACGCUUAUGUGAGUCUUUUCUUCAGAGAACUAUCAUUUCUCAGAAAUCAACAGGGAAAAAACCAUAGAAAAAUAGCUUACAUUAAAAUAUUUGAAGUUCGUGCUCAAAAAGCGCUAUCUCUGAGACUCGGCUAAAUUCCGGUUUCCGGGUUCCAUAAAAAAUUGUUGGUUCCCAUACAAUUUUUUCGAGUCCCACAAACUAUUUACGGGUCCCAAAAAUAAGGGUUGCAUCACUCGGGUCUCAUAAAAUAUUCCCGGGUUCCAAAAACAUGUAUCUAUUUUUUUAUAGAGUAGUUAUUUUUAAUGUUUGCAUGGUCAUUAUGUUUUUAUGCAAAACAGCAGUUUUUCACCUGAUCGAUUGAGAACUGCUCUAGCGUCCAACUGCUCAAAAAGUUUAUUACAGGGUGGCGUUUAAGUAUGAAAUGUUUUUAUUCGAGAUUCCCUUUAGCUUUGUUGAUUUUAAUAUUGAGAACCGAUGACAGGGACAAAUGAACUUUUAAAAGGCAAUGUCUAAGAAGUUCAAAAACUGUAGGUCACUAAAAAUUCAGAAUGCUUCAAUUUGUCUCAUAUUAUACCCAAUGGGUACUUACAUAACAGUGAUACAUCAGACAAGUUUUGGCCCGGCUCCGUGGUCCCUAGUCCGAUCACGGUCCCAAAAUAGGUCAAAACUGUAACUAAUUUCAAAAAAAUGCUAGCUUCUCAGACUUAACGCCAUUGGAUUCCUCGCAUCUUUUUAAGUAUAUUUCACGUUGGGACCAAAAAUUUAGCAUUCCUCAUCAUGGAGAAAAAAAUUGGUUUGUGACAUUUUUCAGAUAAAUUUUCAGCUUUCUUUUUCAAAAUUUUAACACUACGUAGCCAUGAUUUUAUUGCUGUUUCUGAAUUUAGACGUUAUUGUGCUUCGACAAAAAAAAGUUCAUCCCGAUCCCGAUUGACAUGCGGGGGUUUUUAGGCCGAAAUUCACAAAAUUCGGAGUACUUUUGCAUGGAAAAAUGUUCGCGAACUUGAGAAAAGCGCGUUUUCUCAAUUUUCUAAGGGGUCUGAUUGCGAUUUUUGUUGUUUUCUUAUACUUUUAGGCAUUCUCGAUUUUUUGGAAGCAUUUCGAAAAAUAAAAAAAAUUUGAACAAGUCGUCGACCUGGGGUCACAAAAUUUUCGAGAAAAAAUUAAUUUUCGAAAUGCUUCAAAAAAAUCGAGAAUGUCUAAAAGUAUACGAAAACAAGAAAUAUCGCGAUCAGAACCCUAAAUUUUUGGGGUCAAGAUGAAAAAUGCUUAAAAAGAUGCGAGAAAUCGAAUGGCGUUCAGUCUGAGACGAUAGCAUUUUUUUGAAAUUAGUUACAGUUUUGACCUAUUUUGGGACUGUGAUCGGACUAGGGACCACGGAGCCGGACCAAAACUUGUCUGAUGUAUCACUGUUAUGUAAGUGCCUAUUUGGUAUAAUAUGGGACAAAUUGAAGCAUUCUGAAUUUUUAGUGACCUGCAGUAUUUGAACUUCUCAGACAUUGCCUCUUAAUUUUUAGUUGUUUUUUCCUGGAAACGUGGCCGAAUUUUUUAUUUGUCUUCAAACACAGCUCCGAGGGUAUUGCAUUUUGCACUCCGAAAAUACUUUCUCUACAGAGCGCGAUUGCAGUGAAAUGCACCCGUAAUAGAAACUAAACGUUUCUAUGUUUUUGCCAAGAAAUGUUUUAUCUAGUCUUUUAUAGAGAUUAUUACAACACUGCGGUAACAGCCCGCUCCGCUCGCUCGCUCGCAAUUGAAUGAGGAGAUACAUUAGAAGUCCAGGGAACUUUAGUUCCGGUGGCUCAAAACCGGCUUCUUUUUGGUGAUAGGCUUUGUAUCCAUCCGUCGUUUUCCCGACUUUUUUCGAUUCGUCGUUUUCCCGAAUUUUUACCGGUUUCUCCAUAACUUUCUGACUUUAUUCCAAAAACGUGCAUCUUCUGCACUCACCAGUUAACGAUUGGAGUCUGCAAGAUGACAACAUUAUUUUCAAUGCUAACGUACUAAUUACUGGAAUCUGUCGAUCGGGCCAGACACGCUGUGCUAUAAACUCGAGUGCUCUGAUGUAACACUUGCUGGAUUCUACUUUUUCAUCUCUUGUAUUCUUUGUAUUCUACUCUUGGCUCUUCGACGUCUUCUCUGAAUGACGUUUCACAAUCAGUCGUCUUCCGCGUAACUGAAUUCGAAUCUUUCGCUGCUUCUCUACGAUCCACAUAUCUCGGGACCGGAUAAUCCGAUCGGUCUGAAACUUAAACCCAGAACACUUCAAUUCAAGUCCAAAAAGCCUGCAAAGUCUGGAUCCGAUCGAAAAACUGCAAGCGGUCAAAAGUCUAAGCUUCCGAAAGACUUCAAGAAGGGGGCCGAAAUUUGUCCAGCUCUGAGUUGCUGUAAAUAUUUAGAGAGGCUGAAGGGAUGAGACUGAAAGGAAGGUUACGGUUGAAAAGUGGAGUUUGCGUACACCACACCGCAAGAAAAAAUCGAAACCAUUCACCAAAUUUUUAGAUCAUGAUUUCGAAGUGUACAUGUUGUUUGUUUUCUUCAUUUGUCUAAAAUUUCAAACAUUUUUCAGAAAAAAACCCUUAUCAUUUGUAUAAACAAAAUUUGGUAAUUUUUUAGAUAUUCCAUAACCGUUUCAACAGUAGUCCUUGGAGGAAGUGCACAAUUUUAUAGUUAUGGUGUUGUUAACCCUGCUCAAACUGUUAUCAGCAAUUGGAUAAAUCAAACAUAUAUCACAAGGUAAUUGUUUUUCAGUAUUAAGAGGAAUGUAAUUCAGGUACAACACUCCAUUAACAAUAACUGUUUCAAAUAUCCUGUGGUCUUUCAUUGUCUCUAGUAUUGCUACUGGAGCGAUUGUCGGAGCUUCUUUGACGAGGUGUGAUUCCCAAAAAUUAAGAGUGAAAUUCUGAGAGACUGGAGAAUGACUGAACUAGGCCUGGCAUGAAAAACUCAUCGUGCUUCGAUUUGAUUGAUAUUGAGCACAGUGAGUACCUGGACUGUUCUAAGAUAUAUGAAAUUAGUGUCAUCUGGCUCCGCCCCCUUUUACAGGAUUACUGUAGUACCGUACCCCCGACCGCUAAAAAAUUUCAGCAAAAUCCUAUCGACUCAAACUCAACGCCAUUCGUUCAGGUAGAAAAAAAACUUUUUUUUUUCAAACUUUAGAUAAUUUUUUCGAUUUUUUGGUCAUACUGAAAAAUUUUAGUACUAACGUGCAAGGAGUUCUUUUCAAAUUCGGAUUGUACUCUUUGAGACGCGUCGACAAAAAAAAUGGAACCAAAAUCGGAAUGCGCGUCGAAGAUCUAUACCUGAAUUCAUUGAUUUGGGAGUCAUUUUGCAUGCGAAAAAGUUUCAGAUUUCAAUUCUGAAAAAAUGUUUUUUGUUCAUAACGUUGUACUGCCUCGAAUGUGUUUUCCAUUUUUUUUUGGCUUAUUCACGUCAUUUGCCGGUUCUUUGAAAAAAUAAUUUUUUUUCGACGCGCAUUCCGAUUUGAUAGGGGGUACAGGAAAGUGAACGUUAGAAGUAGAGUUAAUAUUUGACAAUUGAGAUAUCUACGAGUGACUGGAAUUGGGAAGGGGAAAGGAAGGAAUUACAGUUUAUGACGAUAGCAUUCCAGAGGGGGACAGUUUUAGGAAAGAAGUUAGGGGGACACAUAAGUGAGUAACAUGGGGCGUCGCAGUGAGGAGGUAGAACGUAAACAUAGCGGAAUUUGGGGGAGAUAGGCAUCGCCUGUUAAGAUCUUAUAGAGGAGUAGUAGCUGUAAUUUGAGUCUGCGCUUGCGAAUGGAGAGCAUGUUAAGGGUUGCGAGGCGGUCGGGGUAAGAGGAGAACGUGAUAUUGCAGCGCUGGAGGAUGUGGCGCGAGUACCAGCGAAGGGGUUUUUCCAGAGAGGCGGCGAGAAGCGAGCGAGGAGGAGGAUAGUAAAUCGCCGAGUAGUAUUCGAGAAGGGGGAGAACAUAGGAUUUAAAGAGGAAUAUAUAGAAGGCUGGGGAAGAUGAUUUGAACGAUUUGGCAAGCUGUUUGGCAACGAUUUGGCAACGGAGAAGAGCUAGGGAAGCAGUGCGUGAUAUGUGGCCGCGGUAGGAUAAAAUGUUAUCAGUUACGGCUGAGAUCCCUGACUGAGGAGGAGGGUGAUAUGGGGAGACCGGCAAUCGUGUACGUGUGACGGGGGUUCCUGGACCCGAGAUGCAGAAGAGCGGUUUUAUGAUGGGCCAAGGGAAGGGAGUUGGUGUCUGACUAUUCGACAAUUAGGUCAAUAGCACACUGUAAAGCGGAAAGAUCAUGAGAGAAGAUUUUGAUGUCGUCGGCGAAUGCGGUGAAGUGGACAAGUCCUUCCAGUCUGAGCAGUAGAUCAUUAAUGUAGAUGAGGAAGAGGAGGGGACCAGAGACUGUGCCUUGGGAAACACCAGAAGGGAUCGGGUGUUUGGAUGGGUCGGAUGCGGAAUUUACUAGAACGGAAAAGGUGCGGCCGGCGAGGAAAUGCGAGAACCUGUUGCGGUAGAGGGGGGAGACUCCGAAGAGGCUGAGUUUGGCGAUGAGGAGAUCGCGAGAGGCUUGGUCAAAUGCUUUGGCAAAGUCGAAGAAAAUAAUGUCGAGAGACUUGUGCUCGCUGAGAAUGUGACUGUACAGGGAUGUGGAGUGGAUGAGAGCUGGGAACGGUUAGAUAUGAAGCCAUGCUGGUAAGGACUGAACUUAUGGAAGAGGUCGGAUCGUAGACAGUGACAGAUUAUUCGCUCGAAGACUCUGGCGAAGGAAUCGGUAAGAGAAAUUGGCCGAAAGUUGGCGAAAUUAGCGAGAUUUCCCUUCUUGAAGAUGGGAAUGACCGAGGCGUGCCUCCAAGUGCAGAGCACGGAAGAGGAGGAGAGCGACGAAGAGAAGAUUAUGGACAGCGGCGCAAGAGGAGUGGAGCAGCGCUUAAGGAUCAGAAGGUUUCCAGAGUGAGGGGAAAAUCCACAUCCUGGGGGGAGUUUUCGGAGGAAGAAUUCCACUUCGUAUAAAGCGAUGAGCGAGUCGGGGGAGGAGGUAUGGCAGGGUACAGUAGGAUAGCGCGGCGGAGUGUGGUUAUUAGCAAAGUUAGACGUGAAGGUGGAUGCAAAGAUUUUGGCCUUGGCGGCGUCGUCGGUGAUGGGAGAACCGUUGAGUUCAAGAAGGGGAAUUGCAAGCCGUUUGGAGAGACGUUUGCGGAUAAAGUGCCGGGCGAGAAGAGUGGAGUGGGAAGACGUGAUACGCUUUUCCUGGCGAAACAUUUUAGAGCGGAUAGAUCUCGCAAGAGCAAGUUCACAAUGACGGAGAGUGGAGAUCUGGGUGGACAAUGAGUUAGGGGUGGGGGAAACGGAGGAGACUGGCUAGGCGGUGUCGGAUGCGUUUUAACUGCCGAAAGGAAUUCUGGGGACAAUAAGUGGUGAGUGGAAGUUGGAUAGGGGUGUGACGGUAGAUGAGGUUGGCCAGGAUGGCAAUAAAGCGAUCAUAUUUAUCGGAAGGAGAGGAAAAGGCGCUUAGGACAUAGGACCAGUCAAUCGACGCUAAGUCUGAGUUCAGGAUUCGGAAGUUGCAUUUUUUGUAAUGGAGUCGAGGUCUAAUAGGGGGUAAGGCAUGGCGAUUAGAGGAGGAGCAUAUUGUGUGGAAGGAAAUGGCUAGGUGGUCAGAAUUCAGGAGCGGUGGUUGGGGGGACAGAUCAUGAAUUGGAAAAUCGGGAGAGGCAAUCACUGUGCUCAAUAUCAAUCAAAUCGAAGCACGAUGAGUUUUUCAUGCCAGUCACGGCUGGGCAAUUGGCCGGCACGGGCUUUUUGUUGGCCGGCCCUUUUCAGCCCGAUCGGAUUAUUUGGUCCCGAAAAAUGUAAAUUGGCCGGAAGCCCGGGCUUUUUGGAAAAAAUCGGCCAAUGAUCCAUUUAUCUCGGGACCCGACGAUCCGAUCGGGCUGAAACUUGAACCCAAUGGCCCUCAAUCGAAGUCCAACAAUCCUGCAAAGUUUAGGUCUGAUCGGAAUAUUGUAAGUGGUUCAAAAGUCCAGGUCAAGGGCCGGCCAACAAAAAGCCCGUGCCGACCAAUUGCCCAGCCCUGAUGCCAGGCCUAUUUCGGGUCUCUCAGAAAUCGCCUCUUAAACCAUUAAUAGAGCGACAAUGAUAACUGCGAGAGUAACUGCCUCAAGGUUUUAUCAAUCACAAAUGAAUGCAAGCCUUUUUAUCGCUAGGGAACUAGAAAUGAUGACAAAUCAAUGGCUUGCCGCUAACAGUAGCUAACAGUGCCGCUAACAGUGUAAGUAGAUCAAAUACUUCUGUAGAUUAAAAACAAUUGUAAACAAUAUCUUUUUGUGUUUAGAAUCACUUCACACAACAAGUUUUAAUCUUGUAUUUCAGGGUAGUAGGUGAAAAAUGUGGUCGACGAAACGGUUUGAUAUACAACGGUAUUCUGAAUACGUUAGCUGCAUUUCUUGAGCUCAGCGCCAAAUGGCUCAAGUAAGUGCAUGGAUAACAUUUCGACGUUACUGUUCAAUACGCAUAAUUUCAGCUCUCCAGAAGUUUUGAUAAUCGGCCGUUUUAUUUUUGGUAUGAAUAUGGGCUUGUCAAGUGGAUUAAUUCCGAUGUACCUAAUGGAAAUCACUCCCGCAAAAUAUAGAGGACCAGCUGGAACGCUCCAUCAGGUUGAAGCACUGUACAUUUUUUAUAUUUGAUUUUGUAAGUAAAACAGAUUGCUGUCGCGUUUUCUGACUGGUUUUCUUUGUUAAUUGGACUACCUGAAGUCUUAGGAAGCGCUCAAAACUGGCCACUUGCAUUUUCGUUGCCAGGGUUACCAGCACUUGCGCUGGUUUGUAUUCUUCCGUUCUGUCCAGAGUCUCCAAAAUAUACUCUCCGUAACCGACGUGAUCGUACAAGAGCGAUGAAGGACGUGGAACAUCUAGUUGGUGAAGACCAAGCUCCUCAUAUGUUUGAAUCUAUUGUUCGCGAAGUAGCACUUGAUGAGGUUUGUUUCAAAUACAUACGUUAACAUGCAUUUUGAGAAGUGCUGAAACUUUUAAUUUCAGGGAGAAGGCACAUUUCACGAGUUAUUCAGACGGCAAGAUCUCAGAAUUCCGCUAAUAGUGUCAAUUGUGGUAAUGAUUGCUCAACAAUUCACUGGAUGCACAGCUGUUUUUGCCUACUCUACUGAUAUGUUUUAUAACGCAGGACUGGAUCUGUGAGGAAUAUCCUGAAUAUUUUGAAUGUUUGUUUUUCUGGUGUAUUUCAGAGCUCUUGCAAGGUUUAGUACAUUAAGCAUUGGCAUUGUAUAUUUUUUGUUUGCAUGUACAUCACCUUAUUUGAUUCAUCAAAUAGGUCGACGAUCACUUUUACUGUUCCAAUUGGCAAGUUGCAUGCUGGCACUAAUUCUACUAUCUUUGUUCACUUACUUGCAAAAUUUUCUUCAUGUUAGUGUAAAAAUUAAAAAAUCUCUGGUUGUUUAACUUCAGAGUUUGGUUUUCAGGUUGA